UGUGUCUGAAUGCUUAUGUUGGCUUUUAUCGCGCGCAAAGUAAACAGAGAGGAGCAGGGAGAGGAGGGAGCGCGUGCCACAGCGAGAGAGAGAGGAGGAGGAACACGCUCAGCGUCCGCGCGCAGCUCGCCUCCCCGCCGCAUCUUCAGUAGACGCGCCAAAGCCCGGCCGAACCGGGAGAUUCUGGGAGGAGAGAAGACAAGAAACAAGGAGAGCGAUCCGCGGAGAGGCAGAGAGAGGAAGAGGAGCGGGCGCGCGCGGUCCAGAGGAAGGAAGAAGAGGAUCUCCCGCUCAAUGCGCAAAGCGUCCCGCCACCCCGCGCUCAGCUCCAUGGCCAACUCCGGCUGUCUGCUGCUCUCCGGCUCCGGGAUGCUGCCGCACGCGCUCCAGUGCCCCCCCGCGUUCCUCUACCUUCCCGAGGGUAACCAAGAGGCCACCAACCCUCCAGAAGCGAUGGCCCAGCCGUACACCCCAGCCCAGUACCCGCCCCCCCCACAGAACGGGAUCCCCGCAGAGUUCGCGGCGCCCCACCCGCUCCCGGCGCAGGACUACACCGGGCAGAGCCGGGUCCCGGAGCACGCCAUGACCCUGUACACGCCCACACAGACGCACAGCGAGCCGGCCGGCACCGACAACAGCACGCCCGCCAUCCCCGCCAGCACGACCGCACCGGUCAGUGUCCUUCACCACCUGCAAACUCUGUCCUCACCUCGCUGUCAGCAAACAGAUGACGUGACGCAAACAGAGGGCUCUCAGCAGCUCCAGCUCCAGCACUCAGACUCCUCAGAGAAGCAGCAGCCCAAAAGGUUACAUGUCUCCAACAUUCCCUUCCGCUUCCGAGAUCCCGACCUGAGGCAAAUGUUUGGGCAAUUUGGAAAGAUUUUAGAUGUGGAGAUUAUCUUUAAUGAGCGAGGAUCCAAGGGCUUCGGCUUUGUAACUUUCGAAACAAGCACAGACGCUGAUCGUGCGCGGGAGAAACUUAACGGUACAAUCGUAGAGGGACGCAAAAUAGAGGUGAACAACGCCACAGCGCGGGUGAUGACAAACAAAAAGGUGGCCAACCCCUACACAAACGGCUGGAAGCUGAAUCCUGUAGUAGGAGCUGUCUAUGGUCCUGAACUGUAUGCUGUCACAGGGUUUCCGUACCCUGCCACAGGCGCCACGGUGGCCUAUCGGGGCGCUCACUUGCGAGGCCGAGGGCGGGCUGUCUACAACACGUUCCGCACAGCUCCGCCGCCACCACCCAUCCCUGCUUACGGAGCGGUGGUGUACCAAGAUGGCUUCUACGGCGCAGAGAUCUAUGGCGGCUAUGCAGCGUACAGAUUUGCCCAGCCCGCCACCACCGCCGCUUACAGCGACAGCUACGGCAGAGUCUAUGCAACAGCAGACCCCUACCACCACACGAUUGGCCCCGCCGCCACGUACAGUGUGGGGACCAUGAUAUCUGGAGCAUGGUGCUAAAAUCUGAGGGCUAACGCGGCGGCGCGCUUCGGCCCCGUCAGGAGGGCGCGGGCGCCAUGAGAAGAAGCCGUCCGUCACCGACAGAUGCACUCCCCCUGACCCUGUUCCCAACACACACUCACUGUGCGCAGGCGGCAUUCAGUCCGACCGGCUUCGGCUUGAACCAACCAAAAAAAAAAAAAAACGGCCCCUCCCUCCGACACGGGGGGCCCCGACUCUGAAGGAAGGAAAUUUGUAGAGAAAGAGAAAGCGCCUAAAGCUGUCACCUGAAUACUGAUUGGUACUUUUUCAUCUUUGAUGUUGCAGGCUAGCCUUUACAGAGGAGGGUACAGUCGCUUCACUCCCUACUAAAUGAAAGAAAAAAAAGACAUGACCCCUCCCCCAAAAAAACAAAAAAAUCCUAAAAAAGCAAACAGCCAGUCCUUGAUGGAGAGAUAAAUGAAAUCGAUAAAAAACACCCCUCCACGGCCACUUGCUGAGCCCCCCCCUGACACAAGCAGAUAUUUCUACAACUUCUUUGAUGUCAUCAUUGGUCUGCUAUGGUUUUGUAUUCAUUUUGUGCUUCUGGUUUUCUUUUGGAGAUGCACUGACUGCUGUAUUUGGGUGCUGUGUCACCAUAACGAUGUGAGCCUCCUGCAGCACGUCUGAUGCAUGCUCAGAGGUGUGUGUAUGCAGCCGCUGUCGUCUGACUGAGAAUACACCGGGACGUUUCUGACACACUCCAACGGGACCCAUCCGUCCAAUCAAAACCAGACUAAACCCCCACAAAAAGCUGUGAGAAGAAGUACUGUCGGUCCCAAACGGACCCGCACGCCUGGUGAUUCUGAGCUCAAAGACAGCCCUGCUCUGACUGCUUCCUCUUUUUCUUUGUUCAAGUUGGAGUGUCCUACUGUUGUGCACUUGCAGUGGAGCCUUUACGAGCGGUACCAUGUGUUAUGACAGCAUGCAGAGUUGAGGGUCAUGAAGGUCAGGCGUCUGUCUCCUGCAAAUGCGACAGUUCUGCACAGGCGCUCUGGUUUAGGGAGUCACCGUCUGCUGCAGCUCAAGGUAAACAUUCGCCAUGAGCCUUCGCCACCAGCCGCCCGCCCUCGCAUCCAAUGCUCACUGACAUUUUUAAUAUUUUAUAGGAGCAAUUGGAAAAGAAAACAAAGUAAAUGAGGCGUGGGCCUGAAGCUGGUUUUGUGCAGAGCUGCUCUUUUACUGCAUCUUGUUUGGUGAAGGUCUUUUCCCCGAGCCCCAGCAUGAAGGAACCCGUCUUCCUCUGCUUUAGAAGUCGUCAAACUCCUCCGGUUUACCACACGGAGCCAAACUCUGCACAACACGAAAACAAAAGCAGAGAUGGUUUGUUGUGAAGGCUCAUCUCGCCGUAGAUAAAACACUUAAGCGUGGAGGAGCAGAUUUGAAGUCCCCUUAAACUUCAUAGAGAAUUGUGAACAAAGGAACACGACCGAACCAAACGACUUAAUCUCAUCAGCUCUACAGAGACGCCGCCGUUUCCGCAGAACCGCCAAUCGCGAGCUGCAUUUGCAGGAGACACGGCCGCAGAUCCACACUAACACACAUUGACGUGGACUCACACACAGACCCCAGACAGGAGAGGCCAGCAGAGGGCCUCUACUCGUCAGUGCGAUCCCUGUUUUUGUUGUUUUUUUAUGCAUUGCACAAAGUCUUUAACCUCAGGAUAAACGAGCUUCACAAACGAGCAAACAGAGCUACUCACUUCUCAGAAGAGCUGGUGUGAGCGCAGGCGACAACAGCCAACUGUACUGUUGACUGAAACAGCUGUAUCAUACUAUAGACAUCUACUGUAACACCUUCUACACUGUAUACACACAGAUACAGGAAGUAUAAAAGCACCCGGGGGGAGGAGAUGCAGCGCAGGCGUGCAGAGGUGCUCCUCUUAGCCGACAUCCGGCCGUUGCAUCGGCUUCUCUUUGUGCUCCGUGAGGUGGAUUGAAAAAACGAAAAAAAAAGAAAAAAAAACCUGUGUAGCUACUGUUAGCUGUCAAGAUUUCUGUGCAGCUAUAAAAACUCAAAGCUAUUGCCAAUAAUAUUUAAUUUCCAUGUACUCACAAAAGUGUUUGUAGUCUCAAAAAAAAUGUUUGUUGCACUUUAUUUGUUUUUGUUUUUCAAUAUUUUCUGAGAUGUAACAUAUUUAUAGAAAAUCUAUACAUCUAGUCAUGUUUAGUCAAGAUGUUAAAAUGAUAGAGUACUGUUGUAUAUCAAGGAAAAAAAGAAAAAAAGCCCAUUAGGUCAUUAGUCAAAGAAAAAUUUGUGGGUUAAAAAAAACAACAAAUAACAUGGUUCUUCCUUUUCUAUGCUAGUAUGUAAGCUGCUCACUAUUGGGGGUUUUAUAAGAAGCAAAAAAGACUUUGAAUAUUAUUUUUAUCAUUUGCAAACAGGAGAGUUUGUCAUAUAAACUCUGCAGCAGAGUACAUGUCUGGGUGUUCAGUUAGUGACCACUAUUAGUAAGCUAGACUGGAAUGAAACAGAUUUUUUUGUUUCUUAUUUUUAUCUGAAUGUGUGUGCCUAUGUGCUAUAUACAUACAUAUAUGAGAACUAUAUAUAUAAAUAUGCAUCAGAAUGUUUGACUGUGAUGGAGGAGGGCAGAGGGAAGAGCACGCUGCAGUUUGCAUGACUUCACUCCAAGUCCCUGUAAUGGCAUCGCUGCUGCAAAGCAUCAAGGUUUUUCACUUUGGUUUCAUAUUCAUCAAACUGAUCCGAAACCGUAAAACCUGGACGUCUGCAGGUUCACAUAAAAGCCUUACUGAAGAAGUCUCCAAAACAUUUUUUCGUGCGACUCGUCUACUGGACGGACGUCAACUGUUUUGAGAAGAACUGACGACCAAAAAAGAGAAUCGGGUGUUGUUCGUCAGGAGUUAGCUGGUUGAAAGCGUUGCAGCUCAGAGGUGUGCCUGGAAGGACAAAGUCUAGAAAAAGGACAAAAAAAAAAAACCCAUCUUGGGUCCUGCCUGCAAUGGGAGGGGCUUAGAGCAACACCUGUCAGUCAGUUAAAGACGGAAAGAUUUUUAAAUAUUGCUAUGGUCUGAAAUACCUCAACCAAUGAUUCCUGGCAGGAUAGAGAAUUUGACAAAGUAUGGAUAAUGUUUUAUUUUGGCGGGGUGAUGGGUGUUGACAUGCAGCCAUUGACUGUCUCUAAGAACUGGACUGAGUGACCCCUCCCCCUUUCAAACAGGAAGUCCCAUAGAAAUAAGCAGCUGUUAGUCGGUCAUUGUGGCUCUGAUCUUUUCUCUAAACACGUUCUUAAUAAUCCUCAUUUUUCUUCUGUAGUUCAAUCAGAUGCCCCAACACGAGUAGGUGGAGCCUCCUGGCCCCCCAUGUCUAACGUACCAAGCGUUCGAUUUCGUGUCGUCUUCUUUCAAGUGGUAGGGGUGUGGCCUUCCAACAAGCUCACUCCUGAUUUGUCAGAGUGGUUUCCAUAGAAACUGAGACAAAAGGAACAAAAGCGGCGCCCGAAUCGCCUUCAUUCGGUUGGAGCCGGAAGUAAACCAUGGAUGACGUCCCUCAGUCCAGUCCCCUGAUACAGUCAAUGGUCAAAGCCUGAGCUGCAGCGUCAGGACCGACAGUCGACCCGCCGGGGGCUGGGGUGUUUUUGCUCGCAGUUCUCAUGAAAACAGUGAAACGUUCAGGAGCGACGCCUGAAUAAAUGAGAGCUGUUCUGUCUCAUGAAAACGACAUUUAAUCUGUAAAUCCAUUCACCGCUUUAGGCCUCCUUUAUCAAAAUGAUUUGUGAUUCAUUCUGCAGGAACGGACUUUCUAAUGCAUCACGGCCAUCAGCGUGCGCGGAUACACAAAUUCCCUUUCGGUAAUUACAGCGCGCGCUAAAGCAUUAGCAUACACAAUGCAAUUAAGAGCGAGCCGAGCUGCAGAUGCUCUCACAGGGGCGCUUGGAGUUUCGUCAUCCGGAGCAGCUCCUAACAGUCUGCACGGGUUUGUCAACAGUUUACAGAAAAAGUUUCAACUAGCAUUGUUUGACCAUUUUAGUGUCAGCUUAUCAAGGCUUAAACGCUAAAGAAAUAUAGAAAAUAGCAGUUGGUAUCGUAGACGCAUCUUAUUACGCUUCCAGUACGUCAAAUGUGAAUUUUUAGAACAUUUUCUUUCUCUUUUUAGCUUUGUUUGCAUUUGUUGGUUCUCAUAACCAGCUCGAUAUGCAACCUAGUCCUCAAUUCCAUCCAUCUGUUUACACUUAUUAACAGUAGUACUGAGACAUGUUUACAUACCAGAAGAAAAUACUCUUUAUGCAUCAUUUAUAUUAACAAGUAUUCACUAAGCCCUGAUAAGCUGGCAGGUGAGUUUAUGAAUCCACCGAAAAUAUUUGUACAAAAGAAAAACCAUGCAAAAAAGUUACAGCACUUCUACGUACAUUUAAAUGUAUAUAAACACAAACUAUAUCACAAUUCUCUGAGUAACUGUUUUAUAUGUAUUCCUAUAUGAAGUGGGGUUAUCUGUGUAUUUUCAAUUCAGCUGAACUUGUUCUUGAACUCUAUGUGAUUUCUAUGAGAAUAUAUUGUCUGAAAGGUGUAAAGUAAUUUUUUUGGAUUCAUUUCAUAGGUUAAAGUAUCCAACUAUGAGCCUUUUCUUUAUUCUUUAGAUAUUUUUGUUGUCAGUAUGUGACAUAUAAGUAACCUCUGAUUGUUUUCUGAGUGUCAGAAUAAAGCAGUUAUAAGAACAAGAUGUCUGCCUUCAAA